AUGCGGCGCAGCAAGAUGAUACGGGCGGAUACGAGUCCGCGAGGUUACAUCAGCCAACCCCCUUACGUCAGCAAACAGAAAGUGAAAACGAUUUCCUCUUCUCAGUUGAAAUGUUAUGGACACAAGAAAAUACUAUGGAAUCACAGUCUAUGCUCUGCCUGCGACGUGCUCCGGCGAUACAGGCUGAUAAGCGAUGAGUCUCUGACACUGCUUUUGGAAAUGGGACCAGAUCAUCCUACGCAAAGGGUGUCUUUUCCUGGAUCCCUCUACAAAUACAUGGACAAUGCUAAGGUGGAGGACCAGGUGAGAUUUCUUACCUUGACCUUAGACCAUAUUAUAGACCUCAUGGAUGCGAAAGAGCAAAUGAGUUCAGUAAAAUGGAACCCCAAGACUGUGGACAAUUUUCUCAAUGUCCUGCACAGGCAGUCGUCUGACCUCAAAGAAUGCGUUGCUCGAUACCAAAAAGCUUCACAUACCUUUUACGAGAGAAGAAUAAAGAGGCACUUCAAGAUUUUACAGAAAAUUCUAAAGAAAAAUGAAUAUAGUGCCUUGGCAUGGGAGCAGAUUCGCAGAGCUGUGAGAAGUCACCUGCAAAGAAUGGACAUCAUGACAAGCAAUGCUAAGACUCUAAAAAAACAUCAAACCUCAUGAUCAGGGUAAAGAAUUGCCCUGUGUUACAUUCCAUAAAGCAAAAUUGCUGAUCUGUGUUAUAUGUAUUUGAUUACAAUUCUGUAUACCAUUUUACUAAGGUAUUUUAAAGCAGCGUUUACUGUUUUAUUUUUUCUAAUCAAGACUUGAAGUGCUUGUUUCUCAUACAAAAUGAGUCAACUGAAAUGUAUUUUUAUAAAAGCUAUUUUUUUAUGAUGCUUAUCAAUAAGAACAAACUACAGUUUGCUUGGUUAGCCUGAAAUUAGUUUGGGAUGCAAACACAUUUUGUAAUUGUCGGAUAUUAAGUUAUUCUAUUUGUUGUCUAUAUUAACUUUUAUUUAUUUUCAUUUUAUUUACUACUUUUGUAUCAGAUUUUAUUUAUUAAUUUUGUAUUUAUUUCAUGCUUAUUUAUUUAUACUUGUUUUUUAAUUGUCUUAAUGUCUGAAUUUUUUUAUACUAUUUAUUAAAUGAAAAAAUAAAAUUAUUUAUUGAAACUGA